CCAGUGCUGCGUACCACCAGUCCUUAUCUCUCUGUGCGCUCAGACUCUUCCUCAUUCCACUGGCUUUGAUUUUGGCUAUAGCUCUCGCUGACUCAUGUCAGAAAUAUCUAGUGCUGACGGCGCCGAGGACCAGCGUGUCCAUACCAAUGAGGAGAAGGAAAAUGGCGGGCCUUCAGCGGACAAGUUCAUAAAUUGUCUCAGCGAGGCGACGAAGGUCCAGCCAACUCUGAACGAAUUAGCGGAUACUAUGAAGAAAGUAUUGGAAGUUCUCCAGCACUCGACGUUUGUGUCGAAGAGUGGCAAGGACGAUCGAUCUCGUUUCUGGGAGUUGUACGGACAAGUCGCAGAGGAACACGACAGCGACUUCCUCGAGCGGUACUUUAAAGACAUGGAUAGUAUCUUGCUCUUCUCUGGUCUUUUCUCCACUGUCAGCUCGUCUUUCAUUGUCGCAAUGGAGUCCAGUCUCAGUCCCGACCCCAGCAACACCACGAAUGCCCUUCUCACCCAACUCGUGCAGAUCGGAUUCGGCAACUUCACUGCAGCAGGCUCCACGCCCGCAGACCCAGCAUCUACGUGGUCGCCGCCUGCGUCAGUUGUGAGGAUCCAAAUGGUCGCAUACGCAAGCUUAUCUAUGAGCUUGCUAGCAGCAUUCGCGGCCGUACUAGGCAAACAGUGG